CCAGUACGAGUGUGACCCCCAGCAGCUGGGACAGGGGGGAACCCCUGAAGACCAGAGGGGGAAGAACAGAGACAGAGAAUUCCUGGGAGGCAUUUUCAGGAUUUCCCAUUCCCAAACCUUAGCGAGAUGGAGGAGGAGGCUGUAAGAAAGAGGAAGGUGCCCAGGAACAGCCAGGCAGACAAGGAGCUGAGGAUGGAGACCAGGGAGGACAAAUCCCUGCAGCAGAACCUUGUGGAAGAGGCCAUUUUGAGCAGCUCCGUAGCACAGGAAGCCAACAGGGAGAAAAAACGACUGAGAUCCAACAGGAGGAAGGGCUCCAAACCCAUCCCAGGGUGCACUGAGGAGGAAGAUCCGACCCUCUGCCAGGAGGGUGGGCAGAGCUUCAGCCAGCGCAACACCACUGUCCAGCACCAGAUGAUCCACACUGGGGAGAGGCCCUACGAGUGUCCCAAGUGUGGGAAGAGGUUUCAGACCAGCUCCACUCUGCGCCGGCACCAGCGGAUUCACACAGAGGAGAGGCCCUUCCGCUGCCCUGACUGCAGGAAGGACUUCAAGCACAACUCCACCCUCAUCAGGCACCGGCGCAUCCACACUGGGGAGAGGCCCUACAAGUGUGGGGAAUGUGGGAUGAGCUUCAGCCAGAGCUCCAACCUGAUCCGCCACCACAGGAUCCACACCAAGGAACGGCCCUAUGAAUGUGAGCAGUGUGGGAAGAGCUUCAGCCACAGAUCCCACUUGAUCCGCCACCAGAACAUUCACGCUGAGGAAAGGCCAUACAAGUGUGGGGAAUGUGGGAAGGGCUUCAACCGGAGGUCCCAGCUGAUCAUCCACCAAAUGAUCCACACAGGGGAGAGGCCCUAUGAGUGUCCCGAGUGUGGGAAGAGAUUUCAGACCAGCUCCAAUCUCCUCCAGCACCAGCGGAUUCACACAGAGGAGAGGCCCUUCCGCUGCCCCGACUGCAGGAAGGGCUUCAAGCACAACUCCCACCUCAUCAGGCACCGGCGCAUCCACACUGGGGAGAGGCCCUACGAGUGUCCCCAGUGUGGACAGAGCUUCAGCCAGCGCAACACCACUGUCCAGCACCAGAUGAUCCACACUGGGGAGAGGCCCUACGAGUGUCCCAGGUGUGGGAAGUGGUUUCAGACCAGCUCCACUCUGCGCCGGCACCAGCGGAUUCACAGAGAGGAGAGGCCCUUCCGCUGCCCUGACUGCAGGAAGGGCUUCAAGCACAACUCCCACCUCAUCACCCACCGGCGCAUCCACACUGGGGAGAGGCCCUACGAGUGUGGGGAAUGUGGGAUGAGCUUCAGCCAGAGCUCCAACCUGAUCCGCCACCACAGGAUCCACACCAAGGAACGGCCCUAUGAAUGUGAGCAGUGUGGGAAGAGCUUCAGCCACAGAUCCCACUUGAUCCGCCACCAGAACAUCCAUGCUGAGGAAAGGCCAUACAAGUGUGGGGAAUGUGGGAAGGGCUUCAACCGGAGGUCCCAGCUGAUCAUCCACCAAAUGAUCCACACAGGGGAGAGGCCCUACGAGUGUCCCGAGUGUGGGAAGAGAUUUCAGACCAGCUCCAAUCUCCUCCAGCACCAGCAGAUUCACACAGAGGAGAGGCCCUUCCGCUGCCCCGAGUGCAGGAAGGGCUUCAAGCACAACUCCCACCUCAUCAGGCACCGGCGCAUCCACACUGGGGAGAGGCCCUAUGAGUGUCCCCAGUGUGGGAAGAGCUUCUCACACAGCUCUCAUUUGACCAAACACCAACAGAGGCACUGGUAAGGGAAGCCCUGGAAGUGCCCCGACUGUGGGAAGAGCUUCCUGCAGUGCUCCAACUCCAUCCCCCAUCAGGGGACCCACAUUGGGAAGACACUGGGCUGGUGAUCCUUUAGUUUGGUUGUCCCUAAUAUUCUUUUGAUUCAUCUUCCUCCUUUUAAAACCAGCAAAAUUGGGCUGAAAAUCAACAAAUACAUCAAAAGCAUCUCAAUGCUCACUUUUUACUUGUGUUUCUAAAG